AGGGAGAGAACAUCUGAUCUGCUGCUGCUGGUUCAAUCCGCGGAAUAAUCAAUUCACAAGAAGAAAGCUAAGAAGAAAUGGGGAGAGGGAGAGUGGAGCUGAAGAGGAUAGAGAACAGGAUAAACCGGCAGGUGACCUUCUCGAAACGCCGGUCCGGUCUGAUCAAGAAAGCCAACGAGAUUUCGGUUCUCUGCGACGCCGAAGUCGCCCUCAUCGUCUUCUCCACUAAGGGAAAGCUCUUUGAAUACGCCUCUGAUUCUUGCAUGGAAAAAGUACUGGAGAGAUACGAAAGAUACUCAUAUGCAGAGAGGCAAAGCAAUCCUGCUGAUUUAGACUCCCAUGGAAGUUGGACCCUAGAGCAUGCAAAGCUCAAGGCUAGGAUGGACAUUUUACAGACAAACCAGAGGCACUAUGAAGGUGAAAACCUAGAAUCUUUAAGCCUUAAAGAGCUUCAGAAUCUUGAACGUCAACUGGAUUCUGCCCUAAAAAAUAUCAGGUCAAGAAAGAAUCAAGUCAUGUUUGAAUCAAUUUCCCUGCACCAGAAAAAGGAUAAAGCAUUGCAGGAUGAGAACAACAAGCUUGCUAAGAAGAUAAAGGAGAGGGAGAAAGAGAUUGCUGAAUGGGAGACUACGCAGAACGACGACAUGAACUCCGCCGCCUAUGGUUUACCACAACACCUCAUUAACUCCUUUCACCUUAGUGAAAGGUAUCAUUGUGGAGGAGUAGAGUAUGGAGAGAUGGAAGGGAAUUUGCCUCAACAACAGCCAAACACUGUGAUUCCCCAGUGGAUGCUUAGUCACAUAAAUGGCUACAUAAAAUGAAAUUAUGAUCAUUUUGCAGAAGAGUAUAUAUUCAAUGCCUACAAAGGUAAGUUGUGUGUACAUAAUUGUGGUGAUUAAAAAAAGAAAAAAAAACAAAUUAAGAGAUGUCCAUUUAAAGGUUGUGGCUGUUAGAGACUAUAGUGUAGUAAUGUGUAGUUAAUUACCAUUUGGAUAUAAAAUAUGGGUAUGUAUGUUUUGUAUAUUAAUGUAAUGCACAUAUGCUUUACUCCGGUAAUUAUUAUGGAUGUGGGUUGUGAUUUUUGUUCGAUUAAUGUCUUUUAUUUUUUUACAAGAAAGGGUUAAAUCCUUG